AUGGGAAGCGUUGAGUAUUCGAAAGCGCGGUUCCCUACGUCUCUAGACAUCCCGUUGCGGGAUUCCGAAGAAGUGGUGUCCAUCGAUCUGGAGAAUGACCUUCCUGACGACCCUGCAGACCUAAAAACACUCCUUGUGGAGGAAAGCUCGGAUAAAGAACACUGGCUGACGAUUGCUGCUGCGUACUGCAACCAUGAGAUGGUUGAUGCGGGGAUCAAACUGAUUGAGAUGGGUUUGGAGGUGUUCCAUGGAACUCAGUCUGCCCCUCUGUACAGUUUUCUGACAUGGGCUUACUUAAAACAGGCCAAGCGGCAGCGGCUGGACGCCAGUGUCCGUGAACAGCACCUGAUGCAGGCAGAGCAGAACCUGAAGAAUGCCAUCGAAUUUGACCCGUCGUGGGUGGGGAACAUGCUUGCGACAGUCGACCUGUAUUACCAGCGGGACCUUUACGACAAAGCCCUGGAGACCGCAGACAUUUUCAUCAAGAAGACGCAGGAUGAUGAGAGGCGACAGGGCAAAGUCGUACGCUCCAACGUGCUCUUCCUGCUCAUGCGUGCCAAGUUGCUCUACCAGAAGAAGAACUACGCGGCUGCGCUGCGGCUAUUCCAAGAGCUAUUGGUCUUAGACCCUACCUUACAGCCUGAUCCACGGAUCGGAAUAGGAAUGUGCUUCUGGCAGCUACGAGACACCUACAUGGCGGUGAAGGCAUGGGAGCGUGCCCUGCAGAUGAAUAAGAACAACAGGGCAGCCAGUAUCCUUGUUAUGCUAGGGAAGUUCCGGAGUGCGCUGACCGAUUCAGAGAAUGACGAGCGUUUCGCUGAGCAAUUUACGGAUGUUCUGAAAGACCUAAACAAUCUCUAUCUUGAUGACAAAGAAAACCCAGUUCUGCUAGCCCUUUUGCAGACAUACUGCUACUUGGUCGGUGAUUACGAAAAGGUGAUAUCUCUUUAUCAAGAGAUCUCCAACUGGGGCUAUCUUGUCGGGACAUCCGUUCUAUCUGAGUCUGCAUUCUGGUGCGGAAGGGCUUAUUAUGCCAGACAAGACUAUCGGAAAGCGUUUUCUCUGUUCCAAGAAGCCCUUCGGAAAAACGAGGACAACUUAUUGGCGAAAUUUGGCCUUGGCCAGACGCAAAUCCAGAAUAACUUGGUUGAGGAAAGUAUUCUGACCUUUGAAAACAUAUACAAAACACAGGAGGGGAUUCAAGAACUAAACUAUAUCCUCGGGCUGCUAUACUCUGCGAAGUGUUUUGAUGAUGGCUUCUCAAAGCUUGCCGCUAAAGAAAAGGCAUCUUUGGUGGAGAAGUCGAUAUCCUUCCUUGAAAAAUAUAUCAAGUUGACAACCGUGAAGAAAAACCAGCUAGUUGCCCUAAAAGCGUACCUCGUUCUCUCCGAACUGUAUGAAUUACAAACACGCUACAAGGAUUCUUUGGAGUGUCUCACCAAGGCGGUCGACCAGUGGAACGCCGCCAACACUGAAAGGAUUCCCGUCGAGAUAUCAAACAACUUGGGGUGUUUCCACUUCAUCAAUGGCGACAUUGGCUUAGCUAAGAAAUACUUCCAGGACGCCUCGGACAGCAUAGUGACUGCCGAGGAUGCAAAGACGAUUGGAACUACUGUCAAAUAUAAUAUUGCUCGCGCAGUAGAAUCCGAAGAACCAGAAACCUCCGAGACAAUGUACCAAGAGAUCCUGAGCGCACACGCAGGGUAUGUGCAGGCUAGAAUUCGGACCAUCUUCCUGAAAUACAUGAAGACAAAGACUGAUCUAUAUGCUGAGGAACUAGACCAACUGCUAAAACAGAAUGAAUCUGACUUGGAAGUUCGUUCCUUCUACAGCUGGUAUAUCAAGAAUGUCGCUGUAGAGAAGACAGACUCCAAGGGCGAGAACAAAGAAAUCAAGCACAACAGAGAAACAUUAACGAAGUAUGACUCGCACGACCUUUACGCACUUAUCUCCCUUGCAAAUAUGUACGUGAGCAUUGCCAAGGAAACUAAGAAGUCAGCGAACCCGAAGGAGCAGGAUAAGUCGCGCCAGUCGUUCUUGAAGGCCGUGCAGCUUUUCCAGAAGGUGCUGCAGAUAGAUCCGCUUAACAUAUUUGCUGCUCAGGGUCUGGCAAUAAUAUUUGCAGAGAGCAAGCGGUUUGGGCAGAGUCUGGACAUUCUACGAAAGGUCAGAGAUUCGCUAGACAACGAAGAUGUCCACAUGAACCUGGCACAUUGCUUGCUGGAGAUGAAGGACUUUGUGAAGGCCAUUGAGAACUAUGAGAUAACAAUCACAAGAUUUGAGAAUAUCGAGAACAAAUCUACGCUGCUCAAUCUUCUGGGCUUUGCCUGGUAUUCUCGGGGCCUGAAGGAAAAGUCCCUCGACUGUUUCUUGAAGGCCCUCCAGUACACAAAGGAGGCGCUCGCGCUGGAGCAGGAGAAGCCAGAGAGCCGUCUCACCUCCGGCUUCAUGUUCAACGUCGCAUUCGUCGAAUUUCAGGUCGCGGAAGUCCUGCGCAGAUCGCAGCCCAAGGAGCGCACACUAGCGCAGCUCGAGGCAUCUGUAUCCGGUCUGCAGGAAGCCGUGUCGCUGCUGAAGCAGCUGGCCAGUCAGCAGGGAAGCGUCGGCGCCGGCGAUGAGCUCCAGCAGCGUAUACAGCUCGGUGAAGGCACCAUGAAUAACGCGCUAGAGCGCUGCAUCAAGGAGCAGAAGGAGUACGAACAGGAGCGCGACAACAAGCUCGCGACAGCCAAGAAGAUCAUGAAAGAGGAGGAGGAGAAAGAGCGCGAGCGCCAGAGCGCACUGGAGGAGGAGGAGCGCAUCAAGCGCGAGCGCCAGGCCGAGGAGUUCCGCCGCCUACAGGAGGAGGCGCAGCGCCUAAUCGAAGAGCGCGCCUCGCUAGACGACCUCAUUGACGACUCGAACCAGCCGCCCUCCGAUGACGACGACGACGCGCACGACGACGAAAAGCCGCGCAAGAAGAAGCGCGCCAAGCGCGCCAAGCGCGCCGGCGAACCCGACGCCGACGCCGACGCGACACCGCCCAAGAAGCGUCGCGCGCGUGCCCGCAAGCCCGCCGUCUCAGACCCCGAGGACAGCGCCCCCGAGGACCCCAAGCCCUCGCGCGGCAAGAAGUCCGCCAUCUCCGAGGAGUUCGUCGCCUCCUCCGACGAGUCCUCUAGCCCAGAAUCCUAA